AUGCGCUAUGCCGAGCGCCGGCAGCUGGAGAAGGACCGCAUAUCGUCGUACACGGACGACGCCUUCGAGUGCGAGUCGCCGCACGCCAUUCUCGCCAGCAGCCGCGGACUGCGACCGGAUCAGCGCAGUAAUCUGCAAGUGGCAGCAGGGCCUUCUUCGUACACGACGGUGGAUAACCUACGCGCACAUUGCGUGAGCGACGGUGAUGGACACGAAGCUGUAACGUACGGAGAACUGGCCCAGCCACGACCCGAGAUCAUCCUCCGAUGGAAGCGGUUUGUCGUGCUCGUGGUUCUUGUGGCUACCGUCAUGACGGUUGUAUCCGCAUGGCUGCGCGAGGGCUUCGUGGUGGAUAAGGGCGUUCCUGUGAGCAAAGCAGAGAACAAGGUGGACGCUGUCAACUCGUACAUCGGUCUGAUGAUGGGCUUUAUUGAGUCUUUCGUCGGUCUCGGCGUGGAAGAAAUUUUUCCUGUGUUUGUCGUGUAUCUGCACAACCUGAGAUGGUACACGGGGGACGACCCCGCGACUAAGAAACAGAGCAAAUUUAAGAAGUUUGCGCUUACGAUCUUUAUUCCUACGGUCAUGAUGGCGGUAGGCAGCUCGCUCUCUGCAGUGCAAGCUAACCAGAAAGAUUACAACGCAGCAAGAAGUAUUGCGACGACAGCUUCUACGACUACGACGAGGUUCUUGGUGGAGGAAGCGACCGAAUUGAACGGUAAUGGACUAGGAGACACUAUCUUGAAGACGGCGUUGGCCCGGAAGGUGGAGCCUAUGCUACCACUGAAAAUGUCCACGUGCAGCUCCAAAAAGGCAGACUCGUUUUCCGCGGAGGCUUUGCUAGCGGCAGCCCCGAAGGCUGUUUUUGGAUUCCCUUUAAAGGAGUGGGGCGCCGAGUUUGGAAAUGGCUGGUCGCGUGGAGGCUCUUCGAAGCACUACGAGGUUUCGCAGACUGGGGCUAGAGAUGCGGGCGGGGCAAUGCAACUGAGUGACGUCAUGCCACUUGCUGCAGCCCACGAGUUAUGGAUGCACGGAGAACCUAUAUUGCUGAAGAGUAUGAGGGCUGCCAGAAGCAGUCAAAAAAGCCUUACGCCAUCGAGCCUGGACGAAUUACUGGAUAGUAUUUUGAAGUCUUUGUUCGAAAUGGAACUACCUUUGGCCCAUGCUGCUGCUCUUGACGCUUCGUUCGAUACGUUAGAGUUGAGCUCUAAUAUGGAUUUAGAUGUGAUGACCUUAAAAGUACCGCUGCGCAGUCCAAGGAAUGCGUCUGUCGUUUGUGGCGAAAGCCGUUGUGGGUUGCUGCAGCAGCGGCUAAACAUUAGCCAGCAGUUACCCCGCAAGCAAAUAGGUAUGACGCAAAUGAAUGGAAAUUGCUCGCAUUCGGUAGAUUGUGACAGAAUCUCCAAUGCUGCAUUCCUGUAUGGUUUUACGACUGUGACUACCGCUGAAAGCGCGACAGUUGUUUUAACGAGGUCGUUAGUUUUAUCAUUCGCGCGUCUGUCGUGGCAAUUUGACAGAGCUGCGUACGCGUGCGAGGCUGGAGCAGACCGCAAAGAAGGCUGUCAAGUACUGCGUCACCAGCUUGGCGAUAGCGACCGUCACUUGGUUCUACCGAAGCAGUGGCUUCCAGCUCAAUUUCAAACUGGCAGUCCGGCUGCAUCAAUUUCGCUGGUGCAGUUACUGGAACCCAACAUAAGACAAACUUCUGGUCAAGCACUGUCGCUUGCGACGCUGGAGCAUUUAGAAUCGUGGCCUCAAGACAGCACUGACACAUGCUCUGUUGCCGUGGACACAUUACUUCAGUAUGUAAACAGCAAUCAUUUUUACAUGGGUGACGAUAUAGCGGAGACGAUGGCAGCGUCUGCGUUGCUCUUUAUCUUUCAGAAUGCUCGGGUCCUAGAUAGCGCACCAGGUAUGAAGAUUAUGGUCCAACGACGUCUCGUUGAUACGACAACACGCCGAGUAAAGGUGUUCUUGACGAAUACUAAGGUGGGCAACAGAUGUACGUGGACGGGUUGCGGAUUAUUGCUGCUGCUGACUGCCUUGGUCUUCCUGUUACCAAACGAGCGCGCUCGACUUUCACCUCCGCGUGGAGGUAACGCACGUGCUGAGAGGUUUGUGGCUGUGCAGACGGAACAGGUUUAUCCCAAUUUAAUUUACAAGAAGCGCUUUCGGAUCGGCAAAACUGGCGAGGAGAUAAAGUUCGGCGAGUUCGCCGUCAAGUCUGUUGGACUACACCACGAGAUGGAGGAGGACGAGCAGAUUUACAUUUGA